ACAACCUCACAAAACAUACCACCGCAAUCAUGGCCACUUCAACACAACAGGACUUCGCGAAGGAGAACAGCCUGCUCUCCCAACUCAUCCCGAACCUCGAUCGCCAUCUCGUCUUCCCACUGCUGAAUUUCGAGGAAGAGGAUACCCCCGAAGACCAGGACACGACCGACAUCACGAAAUUGAAAUAUGCGCUCCUCAAACAGACGAACAUGCACGAAUUCGUGGGCAAUCUGUACGCAGAAUUGAAUGAUCUUCCGGAGCGACCGAAUGAAUACACGAAGAAGAGCGAGGAGGUUCUUGAGCGACAACGGAUAUUCCAUGAGGAGACGGAGAAGAUUCAGAGUCUGCUCGGCGAUGCGGACGUCAUCAACAACUUGCGCAGCGACAAGAACAGCAACAUGAACUACUUGAAGGAGAACCACGGCGUGACACCACAAAUGGUCGAUCAGCUGUACGACUUCGGCCAGUUCCAAUACACCUGCGGCGACUACGGCACCGCCGCUGAGCUGCUCUACCAAUUCCGCAUUCUCUCCACCGACAACGACAAGGUCAAUGCGGCGACAUGGGGAAAGCUGGCAUGCGAUAUCUUGACGGUCAACUGGGAGAGCGCAAUGGAGGAGGUCAUGAAGAUCAAGGAGAGCAUCGACACGCGCCUCUUCAACAACCCACUCGCACAACUUCAGCACCGCACAUGGCUGCUUCACUGGUCGCUGUUCCCAUUCUUCAACCACGAGCCCGCCCGUGAAGCUCUGACCGAGCUCUUCUUCUCUCCCGCCUACAUCAACACCAUUCAGACCUCAUGCCCGUGGAUUCUGCGAUACCUUUGCGCUGCUGUCAUCACAAACCGCAACCGACCUGGUAGCAAGGGCAACUUCAUGUACGGCAACUACCAGAAGCAGUUGAAGGAUUUGGUCCGCAUUGUUCGCCAGGAGCAAUACGAGUACAACGACCCCGUGACCAGCUUCGUCAAGGCGCUGUACGUCGACUUUGACUUUGAGGAGGCGCAGAAGCGUCUGCUCGAGGCUGAUGAGAUUCUGCGUGCCGACUUCUUCCUCGCGGCUGCGGCGGACUCCUUCAUCGACUCUGCGCGCCAUCUCAUCUCCGAGUCGUACUGCAAGAUUCAUCAGCGGAUUGACAUCAAGGACCUUUCAACGCGUCUCGGUCUCUCGCACGACGAAGGAGAGAAGUGGAUCGUCAACCUCAUCCGCGACACCCGUGUAGACGCCAAGAUCGACUACAAGGCCGGUACCGUGGUCAUGAACCACCCACCCGUCAGCGUCUACCAGCAGGUCAUCGAGCGAACCAAGGGUGGCUUCUUCCGGACACAAGUUCUCAGCGCUGCGGUGGCGAGAUGAAGAAGUCUUGUGCAAAGUAGCAUUUACACUUCUGAAAGCAGAGACUCGGGUCCGGGGUGGUUGAUGUGGAUAUGAUGAUGGUCGGAUGAAUUCUACCGACU